AUGGCCUGCGCCCAGUUUAUAGGGGUUAUAGCAGACACCCUAAAAGGGAAAACGAGUGUGGAGAUAGCGAGCAGCCAAUAUAUGUCACUUCUCAUUGACGGAGACACGGAUGUUUCCUCGAGAGAGUGCGUCAUCGUCUUUGGACGUUGCUUGCGGAGAGGGAAGCCUGUCAACCUGUUGAUCGGUCACGUCGAAGUUGAACAUGGACAUGCGCAAGGACUUUAUGCAGCCUCAAAGCAGGCAUUUGAAGCUCUUGGGGAGCAGUGCUGUGACUGGCUACAUAAGACAGUUGCCCUGGGUGCGGAUGGUGCGGCAGUAAAUCUGGGAAGCAAAGGCGGCGUCAUAGCCCUGAUGCAGAGGGAGGCAGGGGACCACAUUAUCCCUUUCCACUGCAUGCCUCACAGAUUGGAAUUGGCAAUGUUGUCUGUGCAAAGGGAAAAUCCGCUAAUCGGCCAGUUGUAUGACCUUCUGCAUCUGAUUUGGAAAACCUACCAUUUCAGCCCAAAAUCAAUGAGGGAGCUGAGGGCCAUUGGAGCUGACUUGGGGAUAAGCCCUUUGAUGCCCAGUGGAGUGAAGGGGACAAGGUGGCUCCCACAUGUGUCUAGAGCACUGGAAACAUUUCUGAAGCCAGGGCAAUUCACUGCUGUAUACUACCAUAUGGACCAUUUGGCCGGGAGUGCUACCAAUGCAGACAUUGCAGGCCGGGCUGCAAAGGCCAGUACAUAUUGUCACUAA